GUGGCGGCGGAGGAGCAGGAGGCGCGAUGGCCGAGGGCAGCGCUGUGUCCGACCCUCAGCACGCCGCGCGCCUGCUGCGGGCGCUCAGCUCGUUCCGGGAGGAGGCGCGCUUCUGCGACGCGCACCUGGUCCUCGACGGCGAGGAGAUCCCGGUGCAGAAGAACAUCCUGGCGGCGGCCAGCCCGUACAUCAGGACAAAGUUAAACUAUAAUCCUCCCAAAGAUGACGGCUCCACUUACAAGAUUGAACUUGAAGGGAUAUCGGUAAUGGUUAUGAGAGAGAUCCUGGAUUACAUCUUCAGUGGGCAGAUCAGGCUAAAUGAAGAUACAAUCCAAGAUGUUGUACAGGCAGCCGACCUGCUGCUGCUGACGGACCUUAAAACCUUGUGCUGUGAGUUUUUGGAGGGCUGCAUUGCCGCGGAGAACUGCAUCGGCAUCCGCGACUUCGCGCUGCACUACUGCCUGCACCAUGUGCACUACCUGGCCACGGAGUACCUGGAGACUCACUUCCGCGACGUCAGCAACACGGAGGAGUUCCUGGAGCUGAGUCCGCAGAAGCUCAAAGAAGUGAUCUCUCUGGAGAAGCUGAAUGUUGGCAAUGAAAAAUACGUGUUUGAGGCGGUGAUUCGGUGGAUAGCACAUGACACAGAGAUGAGAAAGGUCCACAUGAAGGAUGUCAUGUCAGCACUGUGGGUCUCAGGGCUGGACUCCAGCUACCUGCGGGAGCAGAUGCUGAAUGAGCCCCUGGUACGAGAAAUCGUCAAAGAGUGCAGCAACAUCCCGCUCAGCCAGCCGCAGCAGGGGGAGGCCAUGCUGGCCAGCUUCAAGCCGAGGGGCUACUCAGAGUGCAUAGUGACCAUUGGAGGGGAGGAAAGAGUUUCACGGAAACCCACGGCCGCCAUGCGAUGUAUGUGCCCUCUCUACGACCCUAAUCGGCAGCUGUGGAUCGAACUGGCCCCUCUGAGCAUGCCCAGAAUUAACCAUGGCGUUCUCUCAGCAGAAGGAUUUUUGUUUGUGUUGGGGGGCCAAGAUGAAAAUAAGCAGACACUGAGCUCGGGAGAGAAGUACGACCCAGACGCCAACACGUGGACUGCUCUCCCGCCCAUGAAUGAGGCAAGACACAACUUUGGGAUCGUGGAGAUAGAUGGGAUGCUGUACAUCCUUGGAGGGGAGGAUGGUGACCGGGAGUUGAUUUCCAUGGAGUGUUAUGAUAUUUAUUCAAAAACCUGGACAAAGCAGCCUGACUUGACCAUGGUUAGAAAGAUUGGCUGUUAUGCAGCUAUGAAAAAGAAAAUCUAUGCCAUGGGUGGAGGAUCAUAUGGAAAACUGUUUGAGUCUGUGGAGUGUUACGAUCCACGGACCCAGCAGUGGACUGCCAUAUGUCCGCUGAAAGAGAGGAGGUUUGGAGCAGUGGCCUGCGGCGUUGCUAUGGAGCUGUAUGUAUUCGGAGGCGUCAGAAGCCGAGAGGACAUCCAGGGCAGUGAGAUGGUCACCUGCAAGUCUGAGUUCUAUCACGACGAGUUUAAGAGGUGGAUCUAUCUUAACGAUCAGAACCUAUGCAUUCCUGCCAGUUCAUCCUUUGUGUAUGGCGCUGUCCCCAUAGGAGCCAGUAUUUAUGUUAUCGGAGACCUUGACACAGGUACCAACUAUGACUACGUGCGUGAGUUUAAGAGAAGCACGGGCACCUGGCACCACACGAAGCCACUCCUGCCGUCCGACCUUCGGCGCACAGGCUGCGCAGCUUUGCGCAUAGCCAACUGCAAGCUCUUCCGCCUGCAGCUGCAGCAAGGCUUGUUCCGCAUCCGGGUCCAUUCCCCUUGAAGAGGAAGAGGAGCCAAAUGCGAGAUCCUGCCCCAAGCGCAUCACGUGGCUGGUCGUCAGCAAGCGCAGAGAAGCAGCUCCAUCUUGCUGUGUGCUGGGCAUCAGUAUGGUUACUCUUCGGUGGUUUUUUAAUGCUUAGAAACUUGGGCUUCUGCUCUUGUUUGGAGACCAUGUAACUGUUGAAAAACUACCCGGGAGGAAUCAGUUCCUCCAGCCCGAUGCGUCCGUAAACCGUGGAGGCUAGUGAGUGUCAAAAGGAGGGAGUGGGGGAUUGGUGUCAUGUGAAAUAUCAGAGUUAAAGCCCUAAGGUGCGUAUUCCCAGAAGGGAACUCUUACCCAACUGACUGUGUCCCAGUGUGUGUGGCUGUGGUAGACAAACAGCAGAGCCCAUAUAUGCAAGCCAACAUACCCCGCACACAAGGCUGUCCUUGUAUGGUGCGGAGGGUAUAAUGCCUAGCCACACUCAGUAAACUGAGGUUUGUGCCAGUUAGUUCCCAUUUAUUCCUAGUGCUCUGUCUUAAGAUUCUUUAAGAACUAUAUUCUGAUGAAUUGAGACUAAGAUAAAACUCCUCUCUGACAACAAUCUGUCUUAGUGAAGAUUCAGUUGCCCAAAGAGCUCAAGUCUGCAGCCCCGUAUGAGCUUAAAGGAAUCGCUCGCUAUAAAAGACCCUGCAUUCUGAGAGAGUUCUGGGGGCGCUGUGAGCUCGGGAGGGAGCGUGUAACAUUCUUUCCACCUGGAAAAGCAAACUCUAGGCUGUUAGCACAGAGGAGACUUCAGAGUCAGGCAAAUGACAGAGGUCUGCUGCAACUAAAAAUAAUGAAACACUAAAAACACACAAAAAAAGCUGUCCAGGUGAUGUCCAUAGGAGUCAAACCUUCUUCUACCCUGUCGGAAAGCACACGAAGUCCUGUUUACUGCUGCUUAGACAUUACAAACUUAUCUUCGAAUGCAGGUGUGUUUGGAAUCUUGUCUUUGUAACAGGCUGCUCCCAAAGCCGUUCUCUGGUAGUUUUAGAAGACGUUCACUCCCAGUAAUGUUUGGCUGGUAGAAUAAACUACCUCAACUUAAUUUCAUUCUGUUCCCCUUACUGUCCUCUUCCUUUCUCCCUCCUUCCCCGUCACUCUUUGCCACUUCCACCCUCCUUCCCAUUUCCCAUUAGUAAAAAAAAAAAAAAAAAUCUUUAGUUGGUGGAAUUUAUCUCGUAAGAUACAGUUUUCCAUUCAGAUUAUGCCACUUUGGUGUGAAAUCAGGGACUGGAGUGCACUCCAUUACUUGAUAGUGUGAAUUGUAUGCAAUAUCAAACUUCUAGUCAACUUGAUACAGAGUUCUUCAUUUCUAAUUGUUUUCGACAAGUUUCUUUCUCUUAGAGUAUGGCUAGAAGAGGCAACAUUGUAUCUUAGUGAUCACUAAAUGUAUAAGUACAUCCUUUGGUUAUAAAUUGGAGAACAGGAAUUUCUUCUAGAAACUUCCUACAUGAGAUGUUUAUAUGCAAUUAAAAUGCAUAUGAAACAUCAAUCCUCUUUUCCCGCCUGUGGACCUGAAAGGGCAUGGCCUCUCUGCAGGGAUUUUCCUAUACCUGUCUCGAGGGAUUGGCAUUAUAAAAAGUUGGGGAGAAGAACCCAGAGGGUGGAUGUAAAAAGGGCUGGGAGUGGCUUCCUAACUCUGCUGUGGCCAGAAGCAACUUGGCAAGAGAAGGUCUAAGUUUUUAUCCUUUAUUCUAGGCCAGAUGUGCCACCCAUCCAUGCCAUCCCAUCCAGUCAGAUUUACUGUCAGUCAAUGGAUUAUGUUGCAUAUUAGCCAUGUUGCUUUCCAUUGAGGAAGCCACAGUAGAAAGAGCACCUUCUGCUCUUCCAGAGAUGGGGGCUUCAGAGGAGAGAAAUUGCCAGAAGGGCAAGUUGACUUUGGUGAAAUACCUGCACAGGACAGCCAUGGCCUGCCAGAGCAGAGCGAAACUGGUGCAGGACAGCUGUGGCAACUGCUCUGUUUUGGUUUGUGUUUGUUGUGGUGUUGUUUGUUUGUUUGUUUAAACUCCUGAAGUUUAAAAUUCUCAGUCUGCUUCAGGCCUCUCCAAGGAGACAGUUCCUUAUUUAGAGUCAUGGGUCCAAUGGUGAUGUCACUAGUGCCUGUUGACUUGGUCAGUUCAUUAAAAAAACAAACAGACAAACAAACAGGUUUUUCAAUUCAGUUCAUUGACACUAUGGCUGCAGAAAUUAAUGUUUUAUAAAAUAAAUUUGCAACUUAAUAUGGGAUGCAAUAACAAAAGCUGCUAAGUGCCAAACUGUUAAUUUUUGGUGUGUGUGUGUGUGUGUGUGUGUGUGUGUGUGUGUAAGAGAGAGAGAGAGAGAGAGAGAGAGAGAGAGAGAGAGAGAGAGAGACCUGUUGAAAAGCAGGGCUGUAUUUAAUUUUACUAUGAUGUUUCAAAGUCAGCCGAACCUCUUGGUAACCACUCUCUUUUAGUGCCGAGCAGUAGCUUGUAGCCCCUGUCAUGUCGGCUGUGUUUCCCUACUGCACCUGUGUCUUGGUCAAGUCUGCGUGAGUGGUCCUUCCCAUCUCGGUAAGGUGCUUUGACGGGGUAGAUGUUGCAUUUGGCAACGGAGGCUGGAUCUUAAAAUCUGAAACGCAAACAUCUUGGGGGAAGUGCAAUUUGUUUUCACUGGAAGGUCUUAGGCUACAGUUGUGUAAUCAAGACACUCUCCUAGGCUAGAGUCUAAAGUUUGUUUGUUUGUUUCUCUAACAUAUCUAAACAUAGAUUUUUCAAAGAUUUAAGUGCUUAAUUUAAAAUGAAGUGUUUUUUAUGUGAAGAGUGUUUAUGUUCUGUGCGAUGAGAAAGUGAGAGAUGAGUGAAUGUGUGCGUGCUGUGCCAUGUGACGCGACACGUCUGUCUGUAUAUGUUUACUUUUGAAUCGUAGUCAUGAGCUAUCUAUGCUACCGUCUCCUGGUGCUUCAGAUAAACCUUGAGUCUGUCGACCUUCAGUUACAUGGCUGUGUCAAACACAUGCCGUGUGUAAAUGCAGAACCUGUUUGUGGACAGUAGUCAAUUUUACUAGCUUUGCAUCUUUUCCUUAGCAGGAGCUAAAACGUGGAUUUACCAGCUAGCAGUUGGUCCUAGGAAGGGCUGGUCUCUAAGGGGCCAAGCGUGCUGUGCGGUUGCUCUGAGGAGUCAUGGCUCUGGUUGGGCUUUCCACACCAUACAGCAACCAAAAGCCUGCGGGGGCUGUGUCUGAAUCUUGUUUGUGCUGGAGCGAGUGUUCUGUUACAUCUCACGGCUGCUGAGGCUACUCUGAUCUCCGAUGACUCCACAGUGUCAUUGUACCUUUAUAAGUGGGGAGAGGCCACCCCUCAGAGGUGUCUCGGAAACACAGUCUCUUUAUGGAGGUGGUGAAGGUAGGGCUGUCCUUGCUGUGGUGCCUCAGAUUCUCACAAGAUGCCAGUCAGGUGUUUACGGAAACAGCUAGCUCUCCUUGAGGGCUCUACUUGGUACCUGCUCCACAGUGCCCUGUGCUAGGGGUCUCAGAAGUCCUCCAAGGAGUAUGACAGGCACCGCCGUGCUCUCUUAGAGUAGGGAGGCUUUUCUGGUUACACAGUCCUCCUGUGGUCGGAUGCUCUGGAAAGGAUGAGGUGACUUUUACUGUGUGCACUUAGAGGCUUUAGAACUACCUGAGAAAUGCCCACCAGAGGGGUAGAGCAAGGCUUCCUUCUUACUGUCGCUUCCCCUUAGCCAAGAGAGCACCGAGAAAGCCAGUGAUUGGAGAGGCAUAAUGGCACCUGCCCUGGGCCACUCAGCAAAUACGGAGGGCCUCCCAAGAAUUGUGCUUGCGUUUCUGGGAACCUUACAAGGAGGCAGAGGGGACACAGCCCUCCCUCUCUGCCUUGUGAAAUGCCUGGAGCUUGGCAGGAACCCUGUCUGUGUGAGUUGGCCCAGGGUUUGCAAGUAGGCAUUGAGUCACAGCACCCUGGCCUUCGGUGGGAUGCUUUUCCCUAGGCAGAGAGUGCGCUCUUCGAUUCUGCUGGGCUUUAAAUGAGAAGCCGUGUACACAGGUGGGCUGGCCUCCUGUGGAAAUUCCAAGUGCCUCGUGUACUACUCGCACAUGCCUGCGUCCCCAAGUGCUUCCGCAGGACAGUGGAGGCCCUGUGCCCCACGCACCUCAUAAUGCUCACCAUGUUAAUGUUGAUUGGCUGCAUCUUACAUGGGCUUAAAAUCUUUUCCGUGUCUAAGGUGGGUAGGGGCGCUCUCCUCUUCCUGCAGUGAACAUUCAAGUGUGUGCAGAAGCCAGGCCCCAGGGUUACCAAGGGUAAUCCAGCCAACUCAGCAAGCGCUUGAGCUUCCUUGGCGUGCAGGUGUGUUUAUUCCUAAAAUAUACAUCAUUUUGUAGUAUGGCCUCAGCUCCCAGACCUAAAUUCUGGCUGGAGAAACUGGAAAACCUUUGCCUCUCCCUGUCAGUUGGCUGUUGAAAGUCUCACACUUUCCUGAGUGUCUUCUGGAAGCAAGGCCCGGUUUAUUUAUAAAUACUAAAGCUCAUAUUUCAUUGAUUGUCCUUGGGUGGGGGGCAGAGGACUGCUUUGGUAAGCCGAGGGGUCUUUCUGUCUUCUGAGUCAUAUCCAAAGGUUCCUUCUAGCUCAACUUGUUGUACACACACAGUUCUGGGGUAGGGAUGAGAGUCCAUUGCUUCAGAUGGCGGGUGUCUCACUCUCGCAGUCAGUGAAGUCCGGGUGGAGUUGAAGAGUAGGCUCUUCCGGCUCUUCUGCAUAUUCUGCAGCUGUGAGCGGCUCUGCCUUCUGCCUGGUGAGCUCCCUUCCUCCUUUUGAGCACCUUAGUACUGUUCUUCCAUACCCCUUAGACUCUGGUGCUGAAUUUCUUCAAACUACACCAGGGAAGUCUCCGUAGCUUACUUUAUGGCAUUUCCUGUUUAAUCGGAUGGGAAUACUUGCAGUCAUUCCCAUUCUUUGUGU